AACCGAGGCAUUUUAGUGUUUUGCUUUGACGCAUAAUCACGAGACAUUUGACACGCGACGUUAGAAACUUUUGGCAUCCCGUGACCGAGACAAUUGAACGUAAUUGACAAAAGGUUUCGGUAUCGCGUGAGUUGUCCCUUGAAGGGUCCCCGGAUUCCACUAGAACACACAACAGCAAGAACACCGGAGGUGGAGCCAGAAGAAAGGUGCGACUGGAAAUUAUAAAAGAGCGAUCGACAGUCAAGAGGAGACAGUCUCCUCCAAGUGUUCAACUGCGCGACUGCGAUUCGGAACGAUUCGAUCGGUCGAUAAUUUGGAUCGCGAAAAAAUUGAAGUUGCCUGCCGCUUGUAUCCGGGACAGGAGUAAAUUAACUAGAAUGGGAGCGAUCGAGUGGGUAACCGAGGAAGACAACUACGAAUGUCCCCUUUCGAAGGAAACGCAGAUUCUGGCCAAGGAGGAGCUCAGGGAAGAUAAAAAUACGCGGGACCAGGCCGUCGAACAGAUCCGUAAUUGGAUUAAAUUGAACCCACGUAUACAAAACUGUCGCCUUGACGCCCAAUUUUUACUGAGAUUCUUGAGAUGUAAAAAGUUCAACGUACCGAUGGCGGAGGAAGCCAUCGAGAGGUACUUGCUUCUCCGGCAAGUUUAUCAUCCGGCUUUCAAUCACUUAGACGCCACGGAGCAAACGAUGGAAGAGCUGUUGUCCCUGGGAUAUCUGUUCGCCGUACCCGGACGUGACUCGAAAGGUCGCCGUGUUGUAAUCGCCAGACCAGGUGUUUUCGAUCCCCACAAGUACUCGAACGCCGACAUGUGUAGAAUCCACGCGAUAACUUACGAGACUCUGAUGGAGGACGAGGAGAGCCAAGUACGGGGUUUCGUGCAUUUUGCGGACGGGGCCGGCGUCAGUUUGCCGCACCUGAUGCUCUUCACUCCGAAGGAGGCUGUCCGCAUCGUAAAAAACGGCGAGAGGACUAUACCGAUGCGACACAAGGAAGUUCACGCGAUCAAUACGCACCCAUCCGUGAAAUUUGCUCUCGACUUUGGCAUGUCGUUGAUCUCCGAGAAGAUAAAGAAGCGAGUCAAGAUCUAUACCAGCCUCGAGGACGCUGUGAAUCAGAAAAUGGACACGAACCUGCUGCCCAAGGAAUACGGCGGAACGAUGCCUAUGAAAGAAAUGAUCGCACUUUGGAGGCAGGAGUUGAUGGACAUGAGACCGGUAUUGCUGAGUCACGACAAGAUGAGAGUGUCUUUGGAGUUGUACUCGGAGAAGGCUCGAGAAGGGGCAGUGUCGGCGUUGAAACAAGGUUUUGGUUGCUCGGACAUUGGCUCUAGCGAUUCCACCAUGUACGGUAUCAGUGGUUCCUUCAGAAAGCUCGAAGUGGAUUGAUCAACAG